CAACACAUUGCAGAGGCUUGGGGGCCGAUACUAUCCCAACCGUUAGAAGCAGCAAAGACUCCUCUCCCUCUCCCCUUUUUUACUGCACCUCUGAGCUGAACCCCCUAAACGAAACCAAAAACCCCAGAAGUAAAAAAAAUCCUCAAUUCAAUGCUUCGAAUUUUCUCUGAUUUUGUUUCCUUUUUAGAUCUAUUUCUUCCGGCUUUUCCUUUGUAGACUUACUGCCCGUAUAUAGUAAAUAAACUGCCUUUAGAUGUUUGUGUUGGAUAAAAAAGAAUUGGGAAAUUCCUGGUUUUAUUAUUCCUCUGAAGGAUCUUUUUAGGGUUUUUGAUUCAUUUGAUAUGGCUACUAUAGAAGCGUUAUCUGUGAUUCCUGCUUCUGUUUUGCGUAAUCUCUCUGAUAAGUUGUACGAGAAGCGCAAAAAUGCCGCCCUUGAGUUGGAAGGGAUAGUGAAGCAAUUGGCUGUGGCGGGUGAUCACGACAAGGUCACUUCAGUCAUCCAUUUGUUGACUCAGGAGUAUACGUAUUCCCCUCAAGCUAAUCACCGCAAAGGAGGGUUGAUAGGAUUGGCUGCUGUAACUGUUGGUUUGACUUCAGAAGCAGCGCAGCAUCUCGAGGUAAGUGGCAUGGCAUGUUCAAUUUUGAGUUUUGUGCUAAUGUAAGGAAGCCUUUGAGCA